AUGAGUUCUUCGUCCCUAUCGCCAUUGCCAUUGCCAUCGCCAAGGCCCGACGUUUCCCUCUCCUUAACUCUACCAUCCCCUAGUACUCUUAUUGAAGCGUUGAAGCCCGAAGAAAGAGGGAUUCAACUCAUCCAGCUGUUGUUGACAUGUGCUAACCAUGCAUCCUCCGGCAACCUCCACCGUGCUGAUGCUUGUCUCCAGCAAAUUUCCCAGCUUGCCUCCGUCACCGGUGACUCCAUGCAGCGGCUCUCGGCCCGAUUUGCCUCCUCCUUGGCUGUUCGCAUUAUUAAGCGUUGGCCUGGGGUUUAUAAGGCCUUGAAUCAUGCUGGACCAGCAUGUGCUGAUUUAGACCGGACACGGGCCAUCUUCACUCGGGCCUUCCCUUACAUGGGCUUUGCCUAUGCCAUCAUAACUCGAACCUUGAUCCAAACCAUGUGCAAUGAGCGUAUUAUCCAUAUCAUCGAUUUGGGCUGCGGUGACCCAAAGUUGUGGGUCCCGCUUCUUCGAAGCUUCGCGCACUCGCCACAAGGACCUCCCCAUGUGAAGAUCACGUGUGUGCAUAGCAACAAACUUGUGCUAGAGAAAUUAGGUGCAAAGGUGGUGAAAGAGACCGAAAGCUUGGACAUGCCCUUUCAAUUUAACCCAGUAAAUGUCCGUCUUGGAGAACUUACUUUGGACAUGCUUAAAGUGAGAUCCGGAGAAGCAUUGGCGUUGGCGUCGGUGUUUAAUCUCCACGUCUUAUUGUCCGAGGAUGAUCGCGUUGAUACACAUUUUGGACUUAACAAAAAUAAUGGUGUCAAAGAUUGUAAACAAAUGGGUGAAUUUCUAGCAAUGGUACAAUCAAUGUUACCAAAGAUAAUGCUAGUAGUUGAGCCAGAAUCUGAUCAUAAUUUAAACCGUUUGAUGGACAGGUUUGUUGAAGGAUUACAUUAUUAUAGCGCAGUAUUUGACUCGAUUGAUGCCACUUUUGGGGGAUCCUCGUGUGAAGAGCGAUUUGCAUUGGAGGAGAUGUUUGGAAAUGAAAUUGAGAAUAUUGUGGCAUGUGAAGGGCUAGAGAGGGAGGAGAGGCAUGAGAGAUACGCAAGGUGGUUAGUUAGGUUUGCUAGAGCAGGGUUCAGGCCAGUGCGUCUGUGGUAUGAGACGAUGGAGGAUGCGAGGCGAUUAGUAGAAGCAUAUGGAUCAGAUGGUUAUAAAAUAAUCAGUCAGAAAACAAGCUUGAUGAUAUGUUGGCAUGAUCGACCCAUCUAUGCAGGUCCAAGGAUGGUAACUGACUAG